AUGGCACAUCAAGCUACGCAACAUCCAUCAAGCUCACAAUGGAUCAUCCGGAAACUAGCAGACAUAGAGCUAUAUCACACGGCAACCCAUCUCCUAGGCCAAUACGUCGGCACAGUCCUCGGCGUGACAUACAUCAUCCCCUCCCCCCAGCCCCAAGCAAGAUUCGAGGCAGCCAUCGCACAAACAAUCCUACAACACCCCAUUCUGCAAGUCGCCAUCACCGGAGAAGACUCGCCAGACCCUUCAUUCGUGCAGUUGUCAUCAGUCAAUCUCCGCCAUCACAUUACGUGGAGGCGCCCUCUGGCCUCGAGCAAGGAACAACUCCUGCAAGAGCAACUAGACACAAAGUUCACGCAGCUAGAUACCACCCCAGGAUGGCGAAUCGUCAUCCUAGCCCAGCAGGAAGACACUCUCGACGUCCUGUUCGCCUGGAACCACGCCAUAUGCGACGGAAUCAGCGGCAAAGCCUUCCACGAAUCGCUCCUGGCUCACCUCAACUCCGCGACCCCCAGCCUCGCAGACUUCCACGACGGCACGCUGAAUCUCCCACCCAUCCGCGCCUUUCCACCGCCCGCCACGAGCGCCAAAUUCCCCCUCGGCCCGCGCUUCCUCAUCACCGCCCUCUGGGACGAGUACAAGCCCCCGGCGUUUGCGCAUCCCGCUCGCUGGGCACCGGUCCGCCCCUCCCCUUACAAGACGGCCCUCCGAAGCGUCACGCUCGCCGCCGGCCCCCUCCAAGGCGUCUUGUCGGCGUGCAGGAACCACGGGACCACGCUGACGGGGCUAUUGCACGCCCUUGCGCUGGUGUCCUUGGCGACGUGUGUCCCGCCGCGGGAGGCAGCUGGGUUCCGGUCCGAGACGGCCCUGGACAUGCGGCGCUUCGUUCGGGGCGCGGGCGCUGCUCUCGCCAUGGGGAACCUGUGUUCGUCUACGCACCACUGCUUUGGUGGGAGGGCGACAUCGCGCCUGCGGGAACGUAUUAAGCGCGCGGGGGGUAGUUCUGGCCGGAGGAAGGCGAUGCUGGCGGAGGCGGUGUGGACUGUGGCGCGGCAAGUCCGCCGAGAGAUACAGACGGCGCUGGACAAGGGCACGAGGGAUAAUAUUCUGGGGUUGAUGAGGUUUGUCAAAGAUUGGAGGCGGCAGAUGGCGACGUACGUCGGCAAGCCCCGUAUGAUCGGGUGGGCUGUGACCAAUCUGGGUGUUUUGGACGGGGAACCGGUUCGGGACGAAGAGAGAACAUGUGCCGGAGAACGCUGGCGGGUUGGGGAAGCUAGAUUCAGCUUGAGUGCGCAGGCGUCCGGGGCGGCGAUCAGCAUCUCUGUUAUUUCGGUCAAGGGGGCGUCGUUGUGCAUGGAUGUUAGUUGGCAGGAUGGACUGGUUGAUGCACUCAUCGUGGAGAAACUAGUCACUGAUCUUGGGGAGUGGUUGGAAUAUCUGGCUACGGUGUGA